UAAAAAGCGCGUUCAGAAUCCACACUCAUUUGUUGAUUGUGAUGUGCAUUUCUUCUGCCUCAGCUGUAAAGGAGGUGGUGAUCAAUGUCCAGUUUGCUGCAAAUCUCUGAAUAGCUCAACAUUGGUAAAACAGGAAUUUUUUGAAGGUAUUUUGAAAACAUCCUGCUUUACAACACAUGACAAAGAUUUUGAGCGGGAAAAAGUACCUAUUCACUUGGUAAAUAAGCUUUUUUAUGAAUUCGAGCGUAUUCAUGAUCUUCAUUUGGAUGGAUUUGCAGCGAAAACUCGACCGAAAAUAUCGAGAAAAGCAGGAAGGGAGAAUGGAGUUUUAAGUAGUGAAUCGUCAUCUAACACUGUGCAAAUAAAGCUGAAUUUUUUGUCAAAUAAGGAAGAAAAAACCCCUAGCGACGAGAUAAAGUUGCAGGGCUGUGCAAAAACCUUGUGUGAAAAUGCCCAAAAAUUGAGUCAAAGUAAAUCUCCUGAAGCCAGAAAUCUCGACUCAGAAUUAAAUGUUAGUCCAGGCAACCUGAAUGCCGUAGAAAGGAAAUGCAGGGAAUCGUCUAGCUCUGAUGCAGCUAUGAAUUCAUCCAGGAAAAGAAAAUUAACAUCAAACGCAUCUUAUGACAAGAAAUCUACAAGUGAUGGAUCUCCUGACAGUCAAUCUCUAUUUUUACCGCAUAAAUAUUCUAAAAAAGCAACACCAAAAAUGUUGAAUGAAUCAAAAAAAGUGAUAAAUGGUAGAGCAGUUGAAAGAGAAAUCGACCAUGAAAAAGUAAAAUUGAAAUUAACAUCUGUGACUGGGACUGAAAAAAAGCCAACCAUGCAAGUAAUGGAUUUGAGCUCUCCCUUUGUCAAAUUAAACGACUCAAAUCCAAUUAUAAAUUCUAAGGACAAAAAUGACAAGAGCAUUAUAGAGAAGGACAAAAAAAGCAAAAAUGUAUUUAAAAAAAACGCUAAAGGAGAAACAACAUUGCAUAUUGCAUGCCGGAUGAACAAAAUCAGUCAGUUGAAAGAGCUUCUAGAAACUGAUUGGAAACAACACAUCAAUGACAAAGAUUUUGCAGGGUGGACUCCAUUGCAUGAAGCUGUAUCGUCAGGGAACUAUGAGAUCGCUAAAAUUUUGCUGGAAGCUGGAGCCUGGGUGUUUGUUCCCGGUUACAAUUUUGAAACUGUCCUUCAUACAGCCUUGUACAAAACCGAAGAGUUUGUCAAGUUGAUGAUGAGUUACAAGCCUGACGUGGAAGCUAGAACUAUUUAUGGCCAAACUCCCUUGUCAAUUGCAAAGGAGCUCGGCUUAGAAAAGUUAUUGGAGUUUUCGGGCAAACAAGAACUGGAUCUCCCAUACCCAUCACCGUCACGUCCAACCUUGAUCUAUAUUCAUGAUUUAUCUGACAAGCAUAUCAUCGCAUCUUUAAAAAAGCUGAAUGUCCCUGUUGCAAAGGUCUUUUCGAAAGAUGUAUCUCAUGUCAUCCUAAAAACCAGUGAGAAUACAUACUGUGAACCUGCAAUGAUUAUUUUAGAAGCAAUUUUAAUGGGAAAAUUUUUGAUAAGUGUAAAAUGGAUUGAUGACUCCGUUGAAAACGGCCUUGUCUUGGAAUGUGAGCAUUAUGAAGUAAAAGGAGUUGGUUCUCAUUCAGGUUGUGAUGCUCCACACAAAGCCAGACUGAAUUCAUACCGCCUGUUUCCUGGUCUGUUUGCUGGCGCCUUCUUUUAUUUGGUUGGUAACUGGAGAGACUCUGCCAAAAGGGAAAAAAUUGCCUCAUUGAUUUGCUUGGGGGAAGGCACAAUUUUAAAACGGGAACCAGAUCCAGAGAAUAUUCCUGAAAUGGAAUCAACCGUGAUGUAUCAUGCAAAACCUAACUCUGCCAUGGCGAAAUGCUCCCAUGUACUGUUAUACAACGAAGAAAAUGAUGGACCUCAGAUUAAAUACCGGAUGAAUCAUGUGAAGACUUUACCUUUAAAAUGGCUCAUUUCUUGUAUCGAGACAUUUUCUAUUAUCGAUCCUGAGUGACAGUGAUUACAUGCAGUUUUUAAAUAAUGUUUAUUAUUAUUUGGUUGCAAGGCAACUUCAUACUUUGUACUUCGUCGGGUUGAAAGGCUGUCCCAUUUCAAAUUGCCUACUUUGAAGCAUUCGAGCUGUAUUCUCUCAUUGCAAACAUGAACUAAAUUGGCCAAUAAAAUAUAUUUAUUUUUUAUUUCAUAA